AUGGCGGAGGUGGGCAUCUACAAGGCGGCCUGCCAGGUGUGCGCCGCGGCGCUGACGCUGCGCUACGUGAAGCGACGGAGCCGGGGCAGGAACGUCGCUGGAUCCAGAAGGGGCGCCCAUGAGCCGCGGCAGCUGCCGCCCUGCGGGGCCGCGGGCGACGGCCAACCGGGGACGAGCGGGGAAGGGGAUGAGCUGCUGAACUUGCUGAGGGAGGAUGUGGAGCGCAAGCGGCGCGCGGAGGCGGAGCUCACGAGCUACGUGGAGGGGGAGAAGCAGAAGCUGAGGGAGGCCGCCGAGCAGGCCAAGGAUGCAAUAGAUCAAAUGAGGCAGGAGAGCAAGGAGAUUGCAAGCCAACAACAUGACGAGGCAAUGGGCAACAUCGAUCAGAUGUCAUUGCAACUAGAAAGAGAUGUGAAGGAAAGCCAAAGACGGAGGGAGUCGGACGAAGAUGAGUUUGUUGAGUGGGAAAGGAACAUGACACAACAAAGGAAUGAGGGGCAGUUCUUCAAGAACUUGUAUACUUCUGUCCUGUCGGAUCAGAAAUCCCCAGAGCAGACCCAGGAUGCAAUGGAGGACAUGCAGGGCAAUGGCAAGGCCAUUGGUGUAUGUUUGUGCAUGGGGUGA